GUGGAUGUUUGAUGAAGCGCUUUCUGCACUUGGCUAAUUCUCGGAGACCUUGGAUUUACAAGGAACCGGAACCUAUCGUGGCUUUCAAUUGUUUUAGUUUGCCCCAGUUGAAAGGAACUCUCGCUUCCAAAGUCGUAGUGAAAACAUGGAGACUGUAACUCGACAAAGCUUCCAACCUCACCCAGGACUGCAACAAACUCUCAAGCAGUUUCAUCUGAGUUCUAUGAGCUCCCUCGGCGGACCGGCGGCGUUUUCUGCUCGAUGGCCACAUGACCUCCUGUUCAAGAAGGAUGGGAAAGAGCCCRAGCCCGUGCUGCAUCUUCCCAUGCAACCGCCGACAGUGAUGCCGGGACCUCUCUUCAUCCCCUCCGACCGCUCCACCGAGAGGUGCGAGACGGUCCUGGAGACCGAGACUGUCUCCUGUUUCGUGGUCGGCGGCGAGAAACGGCUGUGCUUGCCGCAGAUCCUCAACACCGUACUGCGGGAUUUCUCCCUUCAACAGAUCAACUCGGUGUGCGACGACCUCCACAUYUACUGCUCCCGGUGCACGGCAGAACAGCUGGAGAUCCUCAAAGUCAUGGGAAUUCUCCCCUUCUCCGCGCCUUCCUGCGGACUCAUCACCAAAACGGAUGCGGAGCGCCUGUGCAAUGCCCUGAUUUACGGAGGCACCUACCCGCCGCACUGCAAGAAAGAGUUCACGGGCUCACUGGAGCUGGAGUUCACGGAGAAAAGCCUCAAAAUAUACCACGAGUGUUUCGGAAAGUGCAAGGGUCUCUUCGUCCCGGAGCUGUACACCAGCCCAAACGCAGCCUGCAUUCAGUGCAUGGACUGCAGACUCAUGUACCCGACACAUAARUUCGUGGUGCACAGUCACAAAUCGUUGGAAAACAGGACUUGCCACUGGGGCUUCGACUCCGCCAACUGGAGGGCAUACAUCCUCUUGGGCCAGGAUUACACAGGGAAAGAGGAGAAGGCGCGCCUGGAGCAGCAUUUGGACGAGAUUAAAGAGAAAUUUGACUUCGCCAACAAAUAUAAGAGGAAAGCAUCCAGGGCKUCGGAUCCCAUUCCAACCAAGAAGUCUAAACAUGAAGACUUCCCAUCCCUAACCCUGUCCGAGAAGCAACCCGAUUGGCUACGAUCCCUCUCGGCUUCGGCCAAUAAGGGGCUCAACUACUUCCAGCCCAGACAGAGGCCCUCGGCUUUCAGGCCAUGGUCCCCUAACCUCUCAGCUGGGGACAAAGACGUGCCCAGCCGCCCUCUGGCUCUCCUGAGAGACAGUCUUUACAACUUCAAGACCAUGGAGAACGCUGUGUCCCCAAACAUGGCCCUCACACCCCCACCCCUGACAAAGGCAGGGCCCCUGUCCCCGUCCGUGCCUAGCACCUCCCACCCCAGUGCCAGCAAGGCCCCAGGAAAGGGAGCCAGCCCCAUAUCCAGGACCCGGAAGAGGAGGGCCACAGGGGAGCUCCCGCACCCAGGCCACGAGCCCCCCUGCUCCCCAUCGGCUGCAGCCAGCAAGCUCCCACCCCAGGAGGACAAGGACUCGGAAGUGGAUAUCGAGGUGGAGAGCCGAGAGGAAUUCACUUCGUCCCUGUCCUCCCUCUCCUCCCCAUCCUUCACCUCCUCCAGCUCUGCCAAGGACAUAAGCUCGCCCGGCGCCCAGGUCCCAGUGUGUACGGUGACGUCGGCGGUGUUGAGCCCCGAGGACGGCCCUCUYGCUGGGGUAGCGGCAGCAGCAAUGGCGGUGGUGUUGGCCCCUGAGGGCCCCGGGCCGGGGGGUCUGGAGUCAGAGUUGGAGAUCCUGAGGCUGGCRCUGGACAGCGGGCUGGACUCCAAGGAGUCUAAGGAGAAGUUCCUGCAUGAGAUCGUCAAGAUGAGGGUGAAGCAGGAGGAGAAGCUGGGCUCAGCCCUGCAGGCCAAACGCAGCCUCCAACAGGAGUUGGAGUUCCUGCGACUGGCUAAGAAAGAGAAGCUCAGGGAGGCCACGGAGGCCAAGCGGAACCUGAGGAAGGAGAUUGAGCGCCUUCGCGCUGAGAGCGAGAAAAAGAUAAAGGAGGCAAAGGAGUCGCGCGUGCAUCUGAAGAGGGAGCUGGAGCAGGCCCGGCAGCUCAGAGUGUGUGACAAGGGCUGCGAGGCAGGCCGCCUGCGCGCCAAGUACUCCACACAGAUCGAGGACCUGCAGAUGAAGCUCCAGCAUGCCGAGGCGGAUCGCGAGCAGCUCCGGGCAGACCUACUGCAGGAGCGGGAAGCCAGGGAACACCUGGAGAGAGUGGUCAAGGAGCUGCAGCAGCAGCUGUGGCCCAAGGAGCAGGACACGCCUACCGAGGACACCCCCGUCAACAACUAACCCUUUCCAUGACCAACCCCCCGCCAAUCCCCCACUAUCAGCACCCGAAACAAAACUUUGCCUGAGACCACAGAGACAGAAUAGAGAGAAGCAGAAAUAUCAACCCUCUAUGUGUGCGUGUAUCCAUCCUCACAAAAACUGUAUGAGUGCUUGGAUGCAUCCUUGGAGAGAGAAACAAAGCAAGUCCAACGUGGUCUUUGUACAUGGACCAAGUUGUUACUAGUUGUUGGUCUUUGUACAUGGACCAAGUUGUUACUAGUUGUUGGUCUUUGUACAUGGACCAAGUUGUCAACUAGUUGUUGGUCUUUGUACAUCUACCAAGUUGUUACUAGUUGUUGGUCUUUGUACAAGGACCAAGUUGUUACUAGUUGUUGGUAUUUGUACAUGGACCAAGUUGUUACUAGUUGUUGGUAUUUGUACAUGGACCAAGUUGAUACUAGUUGUUGGUCUUUGUACAUGGACCAAGUUGUUACUAGUUGUUGGUAUUUGUACAUGUACCAAGUUGUUACUAGUUGUUGGUAUUUGUACAUGGACCAAGUUGUUACUAGUUGUUGGUCUUUGUACAUGGACCAAGUUGUUACUAGUUGUUGGUCUUUGUACAUUGAUCAGUUGUUACUAGUUGUUGGUCUUUGUACAUGUACCAACUUGUUACUAGUUGUUUUGGUAUUGUACAUUGAUCAAGUUGUUACUAGUUGUUGGUAUUUGUACAUGGACCAAGUUGUUACUAGUUGUUGGUCUUUGUACAUCUACCAAGUUGUUACUAGUUGUUGGUCUUUGUCAAUGGACCAAGUUGUUACUAGGACAAGCACUGAAACGCACCUCUCCUCCACAAACUGAAAAUUGGAUCAGGAGAAGAAAAAAUAUAUAUAUAGCACAAAAUUUAGUUGUGCCUGUAUUUUCUGAGACAGAAACUGGUGAACCUUUUGGAUAAAAACUUUUCUAUGAUAAAAAAAUAAGAUAAUAAUACAAUAAUUUUACAACUGGCCUGUUUAGAGACAAAAUGGAGGGCUGUCAAAAUGGCAGAGGAGCCGGGAAGUAGGACUGGACUCCUGAGGCGUGCCCCAGCAGGGCUUCUGCUCCGUUUCCCGUGAAGAAGUUGGAGAAUUUCAUGACCUUAUAAGCUAUUUAAGAGACUGCAUAGCGAUAUGUAAAAAAUUUWACGAAAACAUUUUCUUUGCUUCUUUGUGCUAUAAGAGCUUGGAGACAAAAAAAAUAUGGAUUUGCAAAAAAUAUGAACAGACAGCAAGCAAGACAAACUACCACCAGUGCCACCAUGGUUAGUCGGUGUGUAGAGGAGGCCAUUUUGAUCCAAUGAGGAAAAGUAUCAAGUUUGUUCUACUAUUCCAUUAAUACAUCAUAAAGUUUACUAUGGAAGGGGUCAGAGGAUUGCAUUGGACUAGAUGUUUUCUCUCUUUGACACAGGCCCUGUAUCUGUGUUCUGGUAAACCUCUUAGAGUGAGCAUUUCAUUUAGAUAUUAACAAGAGAUGGUCACACAAAUACACCGAAACAGCAUACAUACUUGUCUUCAUUAUGUGUUUGUGAGCAUUUGGGUUAAAACCCAAAAGUCUAUCUUAUAAAGAUAAACUUUGUGAUCAUUUUGUAUCUGGGUGCAAUCUGAAGCCCAGAUUUGUACACAAGACUUCUGCUGGGUUUCCCCCUGGGACUGUUGGUUAAAACUAGCUUACCCGGCUUUACUGCUUUUCAUUUGAUUAGCGAGAGUUGGCAUGACUUGCUCAAAUGAAGAUCGAAAAUACAAUUUUUGAAUACUAUGAUUUUAGGGCUGGAAGUGGCGCCUUUAGCCAGAACCACAACAUUUUAUUUUUUAAAUAAAUGAUGGUAUGUAAAUAUAUAUAUAUAUGUGUUUUGUUUUUUUACAAUAAUGAAUCGCACUUUGUCAUUACAAAAUACUGUUAUAAUGCCUUAUACUCCCAUUAUUGUCUUCAAUCUUACAUUGGAGAGGAUAUAUCCAUGACAACAACAAUACAAAUCCAAGUGAGCAUUUUGUUAUUAUAUGCAACUCAUUUAAAUGCAAUGUAAUCAUGUGUUUAAGACAAAAUAUUGUAAAUAAAAUGAGAGAGAAAAGGGGUCUACAGGCUUGCUUGCUGAUACAGUUUGGGCUGUUGAAAAAUGUAAUUCCAGUCUUUUUUGGCACUAAUUAUACAAUUUCUGUUGACAAGUAACACUCAUCAAAAUAGAAAGACAGUGGGAUGUAGGAUAGCAAAAGACAAAAUGGCAUGGGCGCCCAACUCUCCUAAAAUGUUGGUAUUUAUUAAUACGACAAUGAUUCAUCCACGUUCCAAGGUGUGAAACACAGUGCUUUUAGACCAUUCAUGGGAAAGCAGUGAUUAUAACAGUCUGAAGACACAUUGCUCAUAUAUUUACCAGAAAAAAAUAUAAAGAUGAUUAAUAAAAAAAUACAUUUUAUAAUGCUCCGCUACAGAGUGGGAACAAUGCAAAUUAGAAUGUACAUUGUGUUUAUGCUUUUUUCCUUUGGUUGUUGAUGUUGUUGUUGUUUUAAAUGUGGGAUAUUUUUAUGGCUUGUUUCUUCUGUUCCUUUUUUCCAAUAGAAAACUCAUAUAUUUUCAUUCAUAUGCAUGACAUUUGAGAAGGUUUGCCAUACAUAUAGUCAUUAUUGGGCAUUGAUACUGUACAUGUAAGGAUUUUAUUGUGUUGUACAGCAAACCUGUCUUUUUUUAGAGGAAUCUAACCAUGUUUAUUACAUAGUUCAAGAAAAAUAACUUUACACGUACACGCAAAAAACACAACCUGAAGUUCAAACACAAUGCUGGACAACCUCAAGUGCCUGAAAGUGGGCAGAGGGUUUUCCAGAUCAGGAACACUGACGAUGAAGUAACUGUUUGUAUUUGGCCUGAGUAGGAACGUGCUCAAGAGUCAACUCCACCAUGGGAUGUCAUUACCGUCACAGUGCAGAUGUCACUCCCGUCACACAGUGCAGACACUGUCGACGGAGGGGACAUUUUCAUUCUCUCUUCUCUCUGCACUAUCCCUCUGGAUAGGCCUGACUUGACUACAUUGCUCAAGCUACAAGAUGCAGCUUUUUCCCCCAGUAUUUCUAAUGCAGUUUAAGGCGGUAAUUACAUUAACUCUUCUUCUUUUUGAGCAGAAACAAUUUAACGACUUGUAAUUGUAAAAAAUAAAUAAUCUAAUAAGGCAUUUUGAAUGAUACCUUUAAUUCAUUCAGAAAUGUUUUUUUAGAGAUAUGCAUGUCAAAAAUAAUUCUAGGUAUCAACAGAUACCAUAGCUAUGCGGUAUUAUGAGGUUAACUCUUGGUUGUAGAAAAAGAUGACCUACCAUUUCUAUGUGAUUUGGUCUGUCUAUCCAAAGGUGGACAUCUCUAACUAGUGAAGAGGGCAUUAUGUCCAAGCCCCAUGUCUUAAC